AUGGAGAAAACUGGAGAACAUCCGCUGGACUUGCGCUGCGUGCAGUUCAACAUCUACACCGCGGCGGACGGCUGCAGCUCGUGCGUGUGCACCAUCGACUCGCGCAUGACCUACUGCAGCCGCGACGCCUGCCCGGAGCCGCGCGGUGGUAGUUUGCACACUUCUGAAACAUUUGAUGAACGCAAAUUUCAAACAAUUGCACAAUUCAAGGAAAUGACUUUUUAUUCAGGAAGCUAUGAUUUCUACGUGCAACGCGACCCUGUAAUGAAAGGAAAUGCAUGCUGCGCCGCAGGCAACUACAGCAACAGCGAGUGCGUGGAGGGCGCCACCUACCAAGCAAGCGACGGCUGCAACAGCUGCCAGUGCAACGAGUGGCGGCGCUUCGCCACUUGCACCCGCAACGUGUGCCCGGAGAUGGAGGAGGUCUUGGCGGCGGCGCCACCCCCGCCGCCCACAACGGCCGCCCCGCCCGCGUUGAGCACGCCCGCGCCGCCCUACUUGCCGCCGCCCUCCUCGCUC